GGAACACCUGAAGUUAUCUCAAGAAAACCUGGAUAUGACCUUCAACAAAACCUGCCUUAUUUUCUGUCCUAGGCACCACUGGGAUAAUUGAUCACAACCAGUGAUGGUUCUGUGAUGAUCUUAUUUCCAAACUUCCAGUUUUAGCUAAGACAUUAUCAGUAAUAUUAUCUGAACAGAUGUACUAAAUUAAAAAGACUAAUUACCUCCUGUUUAUAUAACAUAAGAGAAGAGGAUUGUAAAUCCACCCUUAAGUUGUAAACAAUUCUAAUUUUUGAUUCUACUUGCAUCUCAUCUUGUGUAAGAUUUUUUAGAUACCUUACAGUUGGACGCAUUACCAGUCUACGCUCAAUUAAAGAAAAAAACAUGGCCAAUUCCACAGCGCUUGCCCUCAGUGAUUCCUCAUGGAGUCCAGACUUCAUCCAGGAGCUUCUUCCGUCUGCGGAGCGAACGGCUCUCCUCUAUCAUCUGUCAUUCUUGUGUCUGGGAGGCUUCCCAAAACUGGAGCGUAAGAUCAGAGAACAAGCUAUUGAAACACAAAUGCUGUUCGGAACCUCUAAGGCUGUUCUGCUGAAGUGUGCCGGCACGAGUUCCAACCUGGUCACCUCACUGUUCCCAAUACUGAUAAAAGCUGUUGAGAAGAACAAACCCAGACUGGCUGAGGUGUACCUGGAGAAAGCCAGAACAUGGAUCAAUGAUAUCAUCAGAGCCGUGGGAUUGAUGUGUAUGAAGAACAAAAAGAGACCAGAAGAAAAACGAAAGAAACACGCUGACAAUAUAAAGGGCCUGAAGGAUGCUUUGGAAAAGCUUGAAGUGGAGCUGAAGAAAAAUGUCAGCGAUAUGAAUGAAAUUGAGAAAAGAAUUGAAAGAAGCACCCAAGAGCUGUAUUACCUGAUCAGAAAUAAUCAAAAAUACCGUUAUUCUAUUUUCUGGGGCUUGUUCUCAUUUACUCGACCCUAUAACGAUGAUGCUAUUCGUGCUAAACAAGACGAACUGAACCGUCUCGUCUCUGAAAAGAACAGUCUGAGAAACCAAGGGUGGAACAUCAAAAUCAAACAGACUGAUCUUCAGCUGCAGAUGGCCAAUUCCUUAAUACAGCUGGGUGUGAUUCCAGAUCCUGACCACCUGAAGGAAGUCCAGAAGUGUCUUGAUCAAAUCCGACAAAUUCUGGUUGAACUUAAAGAGUUCUGGGAGAAAGUGGGUGUUAUGCUGGAGACGCUGAAAGACAAGACCUUUGUUGGGGAGGAACUGAUUGAAGAUCUGGAAGACAUGAAGGAAGAGUUUCUGAACUCCAUUGAAUACGCAAAACAGGACUGGCAGAGAUUUGGUGAAUGCUGUCAGAGAGCACAGAACAUCUUCAGCAUUCAGUCUAGGACUGCAUAUAAAUUCCUGGAGGUCAAUCCGUCUUCACUUUCAAAGGAUGAAUGGAAAAAGCAGUACGAGUCUAUCAUGGCAAAGCUAAGGAAGAUCAAUCCUCAGGGCUCAUCCACAGCCGCCAUCACUGAGUGACAGACAGAGAUCUGAUGCUUCUUUCACACUUUAAACACUCUUUAUAAGGCAUACACAUAUUAAUGCAUACAGCUUAUCUUGGCAUUUUUGUAACACUUUGUAAUCUUUACAACUGUUCAAUUACAGUUCCACACAUAUAUACACUUUAGGGAAUAUUAUUUGCCCAUUUCUAUGUCUCAGUUUAUCUCUGUUAAAAUUGCUUUGAAUUUCAUUAUGGUUUAUAGAUCUUGUGGUGGGUCUGGUCAUAUGACUGAUGUCUAUGUCACACAAUAAAGACUAAAGGCAUUAAACAGUUCA